AUGGCCAGAAGAGCUGAAGUCUGUGACUGUGUGAUUUCCAGUAAGGGUGGAAAUACAUGCUUAACUCUCUGGUGACUGUGGGAGUUCGUUUUAGACAUGUCAGGUCAUGCCAGAACAAAACACAUUCCGGUCUGCUCGGAGAAACCACAGCCAAGAUUUUUUUUCUCAAUGGAGAUGCGUGGGCUUUACGUAGUGUGUGUACGCAUGUGUUGUUGGGCGGAAAAAGUGGGCGUGCCGCAGCAUCUCUGUAUGAAAGCCAUGUGCGGCACCACAGAGAGCCAGAAGAAGGUGCUUUACGCACAGAGACGCUUAUUGUUUGGGUAAGUUGGACUUCUUAUCUUACUUUCUGGUGUGGACUUUGUGCACAUUUAAGUGAAAUACUGUUAUAUAUCAAUUUCUGCCACACAGGGUCGAGAAUCUGAAUUACUGUACCAAUCAUGAGAACGUUUCUUUUUCAGUUUUACAGACUCCUCUCUCCUCUGUUCAGGUGAUAAUCUGGUAAAGAAGAUGCAGCUGCUGAGGACCUUCGCACCCUGGUUGCUGUUGGCCUUCCUCGGACAGCAGGUCUCUCUGUCCUCCAGUGUGCGUAACAAGAACCGUAGAACAGACAGGACCGCGACCCAAGCCCCCGGUGGAGCGCAGAGGAGCGAGUCCAAGUCGGCAGCCACUGGCAGGGGCAAGUUCCUCAUCAAAACCAAGAAGAUGCAGUGCACGUGGGGGGCUGAGGACGUGGGGGACAGGGUUAGGCUGAACAUCAAAUGCGAAAACCCCGAGGCGCGCGUGAAAGGCGGGACGACUGAUCUGGAGUGCCAAUACAACGGCAAACCUGAGCGCUGCCCGGGGUAUCAGUCCGACCCCAACGGCUUCUGGAAACAGGUGGCACGCACGUUCAAACGGCUGCAAGCCAAAGUGUGCAUCGAUGAGCGCGCUUUGGUGAGGGCUGGCAUGUGUAAGCGCGCGCCCCGAGAUGCGCACUUCAAGCUGGAUAUCAGGAGCUCGGUGGCCGCCGGUCAGUCAGGAGGGGAAUCCGAGGGUUACCAGCCGCCCCCACCCCGACCCACCAGCUCUGCUCCCGCCGGGCCUACAGCCUGCAGGGGGCGCGAGCAGCAGAAGAAAAAGGCGGAGGAGAACUGCGGCAGGUGGGCCAGUGUGUGCACCUUCUUCUUCUCCAUGCUGCAGAGUGAAGACUGUUGA